AUGUCGCUGAAGGUCCGGCAGAAUGGCGUACAGAGCGCGGUGAAAAACGUGAAGUGCCUGUGCGAGAACAAGCGAGAAAUUAGCACGAGCAGGAUUUACAAAGGGGGAAAGGAAAAGGUGGUGAUCUUGGGGUCUGGGUGGGGAGGCAUUCACUUUUUUAUAAGCAUAGAUUUUAAGAAAUACGACGUGACGCUAAUCUCCCCGAGGAGUUACUUCACCUUCACCCCCUUGCUGCCCUGUCUGUGUAGUGGGACCCUAAGUGCCAAAGUAUGUACAGAAAAUAUUUCCACUUUUUUAAGAAAAAAGGGAUCCUCAGGAAGUUACCUGCAAAUGGAAUGCACAGAUAUUGUUCCCGAAGAGAGACAAGUCAUCUGUAGAGACAACCAAAAUAAUGAAGUGAAGAUUUCCUACGACUAUUUAAUCAUAUCGGUUGGGGCUAAGACAAACUCCUUUAACAUUAAAGGGGUUGAAAAGUACGCCUUUUUUGUAAAGGAUAUCCAGGGGGUGAUUAACAUCCGCAGGAGGUUCCUAGAUAUACUGAGCAUUUGCUCCACGGAGAGAAUUUCAAAUGAAGAAAAAAAAAAACUUUUACACAUCGUGGUGGUAGGGGGGGGACCCACAGGAGUGGAAGUUGCAGGAGAGUUCGCCGAUUUCAUUAAUAAAGAUGUCAAAAGGAAGUAUAAAAGUAUCUUCCCAUUCAUAUCUGUGAGUAUUAUAGAAGGGGGGAACAACCUACUCCCCACCUUUACCCAAAACAUUUCAGAUUUUACCCGAAAAACAUUCCGCCGCUCAAACAUAAACGUACUCACCAACUACUACGUAACGGAGGUGGAUGAGCAUAACAUAUGCGUGCAGUCUAGUGUGGAUACAAAUGAAGAGAGGAAACACAUCCCCUAUGGCAUUCUCAUUUGGGCCAGUGGACUUGCUCAAACUCCGCUUAUUACCAAUUUUUUGAAAAAAAUACCUGAACAAGUUAAUAAUAAAAUUUUGAACGUAAAUGGACACCUAGCCGUUAUCGGAAUUAGGCAAAAAAAUAUUUACGCCAUUGGGGAUUGUAAAAAGAUACAGCCUCUCCAGCUGCACGAACAUUUGAAUGACGUGUUGCAUCAUUUUUCUUCCUCCUCCACGACCUUCUCAUCCGAUUUGCUCAAAUCAAAGGCCAGUGAAUUGUCUAAAAAGUUUCCCCAAGUUAGUCAAUCCAAAUGGGACUACAGGAAAAAUAAAAGGGCCCAAAUGGAUAAGCAGCAAUUUUGGGAGUACCUCAAACAGAUAGACCAGAAUUACAAGUCGCCUACUCCUACUGCUCAGAAUGCUAAACAGGAGGCCUAUUUUUUGUCUAAUCUUUUUAAUACCCUCGUGGAGAAGAAGGCCGAUGAGAAUCACUUCCCUUCGUUUGUGGAGAAGUGGAAAGGGUCCAUUGCCUACAUAGGCAACCACCAGGUGGUCGCUCACCUCCCCUUUUUCGAAAUUAGGGGAGGCCUCUUCUCCUUCACCUUCUGGAAAAUGGUGUACAUACAGCUGCUCCUCACGUGGAGAUCCAGGUUUGCCUUUAUUCUGGACUUUCUGCGCACUAAGAUUUGCGGCCGGCCCUUCGCCAAAUGA